CAAAAUUCAAUGGAAAAUAUUACGAAGGAUGACGAAAGCAAUGGAAUUGAUAUAUUUGAUGAGUUAUCACCUAAUACUUUGCUUGCUCUAUGUAAAUUUUACAUGCAACGAGAAGAAAAUUUUAACGACAAUAAUUUAAUGGAAAAUUGGCAAGCAAGUUUUUCUUAUUUCUGGUUAAGCCAGUUUUGGUAUUCUGACGAAACUGUUCAAAAAUUCUCUAAUGAAUGUUCCUCGAUUGUAAAGGAAAAUGGCCAUGUUGCAUGUGUUUGCUGCCCUUCACUUUUGCCUGCAAUUCUCGCAAACGAAAUAUUUAAAAAGAAAUGCGCUUCAGUAAAAUUGUUCGAGUUCGAUGAAAGAUUUGCUUCAAAAUACCCGAGAGAAUUUAUUCAUUACGAUUAUCGAGUCCCAUUAACGAUCGAACGAUGUUAUCAUGGCAUUUUUGACGUUAUCUUGGUCGAUCCACCUUUCUUAUCGGAGGAAUGUUUUAUUAAUAUAGCUCAAACGGUAAAACUUCUAAAGCAUGAUAUUAACGCGAAAAUUUUGGUAUCGACGGGAAUUGUAAUGGAAUCGCUGGUACGUUUUUUCAUGUAUAUUUUAUUUCAGGUAAAGCAGUUAUAUAAUACCAUCCGGUCAUCGUUUGUGCCUACUCAUGCUAGUAAAAUAGCCAAUGAGUUUGCUUGUUUUACUAAUUAUCCUACUCAGACAUUUUAA